UACUUACGUUAUUGAAACAUCGGUAAACAUUAAUAAGCAGCAAUCAGAUAUUGCUAAUUAUGUACAGGGGCUAUUAAGCUAUAUAUUAUGUACAAUGAAUUGUAAUUUUUAUCAUCCAUACAUUUCUUUAAAAAAGAAACAUCUGUGUCGCUUUAACUAAUUUUCUUAACGUUCUUUAAAGAUCAUGUCAGAACCGGAAGAUGUCGCCCAGACUGAAGGAGAAGAAUUACUAAAGAAUUCUGAUGAUGUUCAGGAAGAUUCCAAGAGCGACGAGCUCGAACGUCAAGUUACCCCGUCGCCAACUGACAACGAUACCGCUGGGAAGAACGAAGACACACAACUGGUAUUGCUAGCAGACGACAACUCGAGGUCGGCCUUGACCACACCGGAAGUUCAAGAAAGCACGCACGGUGUUGACGAGGAUUCAUCCGGGGAAAAUUCUAAUGAACGUCUGGCUGAAGACGACUUAGAGACGGGAAGAGAAAAAGAAAAUGGCGCUGCGGGUUCCACGCCCUGGCCACGUGAUAAGCCUGAUGAUGGUGACGUACCACCACAAGAAGACAGAGAAGAUCUACCAGACGAAGACUUUCAAAAUAAAACUCCAACACCUCAGCCUAUAGACAAUGAGGCAAACGACCAGAUAACGUUUGCACCGGAAACAGAGAACAAAGCAGAACCGAAUGAAGUUCAGAUUUUUGAUGUUGCUCCAACGUUUGAAACCAACCGCGGAGCUCACUACGCUACUGGCACGUUCAGUCGGAAGCCUCUGCCUCUGACAAUCAACAAGGCAGCCAUAGAGAGCAGCGCCCGCAAUAAGUUACCACUUGCUGAGAUUAAAGGAAGAGUUGUGCAUCUUGCACGCCAUACAGAGGCCAGCUCACAAAAGACCAAGAAAUGGUACAAGGGCGACAACUAUGUAGACAAGGACUCUUACUCUUGGAGGAACAUGCAACUAUUCGACGACUUUCAACGCCACCUCUACACACCAGAGGGAGCAGUGCGAACGUCCUUCAAAAAAUAGAAAAACCUUCUAUGUAGACUUUAGUAGACUUAACACAAAGGCGGGUGGCUGGUUUUAAUUUAGAUUUCCAUGCUGUGAAAUCGUCACAUAUAGGCCUAUCUAGCGCAAUUUUGUAGAUCUAGGUAUUCUGUUUGAUUAUAACAAUGUCGUAGCUGAAGUGUUUAUGCGGAUUCUGUUUUGGGUUUGUAGACUUCAAUUUGAAUUUUUAACAUUUUCAUGAAAGUAGGCCUAUAGUCCAUUCAGGGCCGGCGUUAGGCAUAGGCAAACUAGGCAGCCACAUAGGACUUCCGAUUGGUGGGGGCUCACACAGGAUUCAUUUCAUUAGAGAAGAAAUAACGAAACUUGACUUCAAUGUUAUUGUCAGAGGUUUUUAAUAAUUUGCAUAAUUUUUUUUUCGCAGUAUAUUUUUUUUAAUCUUCUCUUUCAUUUGGGCCGCCAAUUAUCUUAGGCUGGCCCUGUUCCCCUACGGCUGUGCUGUUAAGGCUAAUGGAUUAAGGUCUAAAGAAGAAUAUUUUAGACUUUUCUUAUAUUAGAAUGUCUUGGACCUAGAGUGAAUAUUUUUAAAUUGUCUCUUUUUUGUUGGGAUUGUUAUAAACCAUUCAGUAUUAUUAGGUCCUAUGUAUAUUUGCUUAGUAAUCAUGCAUUACAUUUUUUUUUUCUUAUGGUAUGUUAAUAACGCGUUUUUUUUUCAUUGUUUCCACUGGUAAUAGGUGUAUAGUAAAACAAUAUGACGUAAUGGACCUCAUUCACCAAUAGUAAACAAACAUUUUGACACGUGGUUCUCUAUAUCUUCUAUACAAAUUACGCAAUCCAUAAAGGCUGUCAGGGGAUACGUAAUUUUCAUUGUUUUAUCAAUUAUUAUCACGUGGCUAAAUGUUGUUUGUUAACGAUUGGUAAAUGAGGUCCAUUGGUGCGAAAUUCUUUUACUGAAGAUAUUGAAAGUUUUCUCAUAUAUCUCGAUGCUAUUGUAAGACCAAGUUGAGGACUAUAUAUAUAUCUCGAUGCUAUUGUAAGACCAAGUUGAGGACUAUAUAUAUAUCUCGAUGCUAUUGUAAGACCAAGUUGAGGACUAUACGAUCUUAACAUUUAACUUCACGAAGGCUCAAAAUGGCAUGAAUGGUAGGGAAUGUCCACGGGAAUUUUACAAUUUAAUUCAAUGCAUUAACUCUUUAUCUCCGUAAUUAUUUGUCCACGUUCUGUCAGAAUUGUUCAUUUUUCACAUAUGCACAUUCUACCCUGUUAUAAUUAAACUUCAAUAACAUUUUUGUUUGUAAUCAGAAAAUGUUACUUUUAGUAUAGUAUUAUUGGAGAAUGCAUGCUCUUUGUAUAUAACACAAAUUGAAGUUUAUAAAACCAGAAAUUAAUUUAAUUUAUUAAAGUCAAAUCAACGAUAGUAUCGUUAAUUAGGAGAGAAAAGAGUAUAUAGGCCUAUAAUAAUAUAUAAUAUAGAUCGCAAGGUCUGAAAGGGGAACUUUGCUUAGUUAUAAGGAUGAAAUGCAUGGAUGGAUUUGUGUAUCAUUUUUAAAGUUUGGACGUUUCCUCCCAAUUUGGGGUUCGUUUUUUUAAAGUCUGGACGUUUCCUUCCAAUUUGGGGUUCGUUUUUUAAAUCAACGCAUUUAACGAAGUAUAUAUAACAUUAUUUUUUUCAAAUCUCAGUAGCAUUGUUAAAAAUGUCAAUGUCAAUGUUCUAAACAAAUAAAAAAUGUGUACCGUAGUGU